UCACAAUGUGCAAUGUUCCAAAGCACCUUUACAGGGGCAAACAGGAAAAACAGAAAAACACAGAAAAGGUAAAACACAGCACUGUACAUGGUGUUUAUAGAACAAGCAAGAUCAUUCUAAUGAAUAAUAUCUAAUUAAUAAAUAAAUAGAAGAUUCAAAACACAAUUAAUGAAUACAAAACCAUUUUCCAUCAUCCUCCGUAUAAAACACAUUCCUGUCAUAUUUUUCUAUCACUUCAAACGUCCCAAACUUCUUUAUUCUCUUCAGAUGUGACCUUGGAGUCAAAGCUAAGCAGAAUCCUAUCUUGUAAAUGAAGUUGUUAUCAGUGUUGUGUCCUUCAGCGUUCUCUAUAAAACCUGUGUGUCGGCCUUCUCCUCUCCGGCCGUCUCAGAAGGACACAUCAUGCUGCCGGCGGUGGUGAAGCUCUGCUGUGGAAUCUCAUAUCCUCAUGUACGGAGCAUGACAGGACUGCGGCGUGCGGCUGUGGCAGCGUUAGGACAGAAGCUCUCUCUCCUGCAGAGCAAGGGUCACAUCACCUGUCCUGUAUGGAGCUCCAUGAGAUGGUCCUGGUGUCAGAAGUUUAACAACCCUGUGGAGACACAGAGCGACGCUAUGGGACAUGAGGACAUGUUUUACCUGAGACAAGGAGAAGAAGCUCUGAAUGAAGCUCUUGAGAUCGUGGAGUCUACAGAUGGCUGGAAACUGGACCUGGCUGAGAAGAAUGGAGACGUGAUCUACAGCAAAGCCCUCAAGGGUAACCGGAAAGUUUUCCGUCUGGAGGCCGAGCUGAACGCGUCUCCUGAGGAACUCUAUGAGAUUCUCUUCUUGAGAGUGGAGGAGAUGCAUCGCUGGAACCCCAGCAUCACAUCCAUCAGAGUCCUGAAGCAGGUGGGGAGGAACACCAUGGUUACACAUGAAGUGUCGGCAGAAACGGCAGGAAAUCUCAUUGGCCAGCGAGACUUCUUGAGCGUCAGACAUUCGUCCAGGAGUGGCUCGUGUGUUUAUUUGGGCGGAGCUGCGACGCGCUUCGAGUCUCUGCCUCCUCAGUCGGGGUUUGUCAGGGCUGAAGACGGACCCACCUGUAUAAUCCUGCACGCACUCCCGCAUCACUCCAGGAAGAGCCGCUUCAUCUGGCUGCUCAACAUGGACGUCAAGGGAUGGUUGCCGAAGUCUCUGGUGAACAAAGCACUUCCACAAGCUCAGCUGGACUUCACCAAACAUCUGCGUCACCACCUGACUGCGCAGACGCAGGAGAGCAGAACGUGAGAGACGUGCAGAUCUCAAAACCCCGCUGAAGCUUCUGAAGACUGCACUGGCACAGCUGACAGAAUGAAAUAGGAACAAACACUCGCAACAUACACCUCGAAAUGACACGAUCAAAACAAAACAAAAAUUACAUCAAUCAACCAAUGAACGAACUGCUGAUGAAAUCAGCAACGACUUCCCUACAAAAGAGUAUAUACUUCAAAUUCAUGUCAUGAAGUGCACUUAAGCAAUGUUAAAGAAUAGCUUUAAGUGUACUACUAAGUACUGCCCUAAUGAAAACGAAUACAUUUUUAAAAUGUGUUUGAAAUAUGUUUCUUUAAUGUAAAGUACUGCAAAUCCGUUGACAUUUUUGUGUACUUAAUAAAAAUACCUAAUACAAUUG